UUUGAUAGCCUACGCUAUAAACAAAGCUGCUAAUUACAGAUUUGUGAAGCUGUUUGACGCUGUGCGGCUACGUCUGGGUAGAGCUCUCGGGGAAUACUUCCUUUUCUUUCCCCGAGAAGGGAAGCGGAGCGCCAAGGCCACCAUAAAAAAGAAUGGAAGCAGAGAAGGAUGAGUCGUUCAGGAAGAAAGCCGAGCGAUUUAAGCGUCCCCAGGGUGAAGAAGCCCUCAAGCAGCUGGAGCACCUUAAGAGACCAGCACAUGUUUUAUCAGGAGAAGUGAGUUUUGUGCAGGAAGCAGAUUUUCGACUAGACACUACACGGGCUAGAUUGUCAAAUAUUCUGAAAAAGCAUGAGCAACUAAGUGAUCGGCUGACAAGAGAUUCUGACAAGGUUACUUCCGAGCGCCUUCGAAAGGAAUUUGAUGAUGCUUUAAGUGCCCAAACUGAAGAAUUGCAUUUAAAUGGAGAACAGUGGAAUGAUGGCUUGUUGGCAACUAUCAGGGAACGGGUUCACAUGGAAGCUGAUAGGAAAAAUAUGCCUGGACAUACCAGUAUUUUGAAUCAACGACUUCAAGGAAAGACAACUUAUAAAGUUGGUAACAAGGUUAUUUGCUGCUUGGAAGGGGCAAGAAUUGGCAUACAGUAUCGAACAUCUUUUGCUGGUGAAACAUGUGAAUUUUAUUAUUGUGUGCUUGAAAGUAGAUCAUUUCUUGAGAAGAUGAUGGUCAGCGAACACACAGUUCCUUUUUUUAUACCUAUACAGGAAGCUGAAGCUGAUUAUUUGUCGUCGAAUGCUAUGAAAUUCAUCGAUUAUGUUGGAGAUUGCUUGCAGGGAUAUGUAGACAGGCGAGAGCAGGUUCGACUUCUCAAAGAAUUAUACAGAAAUGAAAUUGGAGAACUUUAUCAUAGUCUGUCGUACAACUUAAUCGAGUUUGUGAUUGAUGAUCUUGACUGCAAGGUGACUGUUAGUCUUAGGUAUGGCGAUUUGGUUUCUGUGUUGCCAACACGCACCAAAGUUCUAGCAUGGCCUGUUCAUUGCUCGAAGCAAGUCAUUUUGUCUGGUGGCAGGAGAGCAAAUGGGCCAGGGGUGACUCAGCUUAUCCCAACUCAUCUCGCAUUUGCAGAGGAAGCCUUGCGAACCCUUGGUUUACCAGAAGCUUAUGCAGAAAUUAUGUUGAGUAUGAAACCCGCCCUUCAGCAGCUAUUUCCUUCUCAAGGCACUGUUGUAAGUUAAGGUAGUUUACACUUGGCAGUUUCGUUCUCAAAGUACAAUUGUAGAUUUUUUAUGAAUAUGUGCUGAGAAUCUGGAAAGCAAUUAUUGAAUCGCAUGAUUGUUUUAAAAGCAUGGGUGUGAGGUUUGUUCUCUCUUUGUGUUGAUAAUAUUGGGGAAUCUGCAGAACUCGCGGUUAUGUACUUCUUAAAAGGACGGGUUUAUAGACUUCCACUUUCAUGGUGACGCUUUUUUUUUCCCCUUCCUCCUUAAUAUGCCUAUAUUGGCUUUAGAUUC